AUGGAAAAUAAACAAAAUGUAUCUUAUUUGAUUCUUGAAGGGUAUGUGGAUAUGAACAAGUACAGAUAUCUCUAUUUUGUGAUCAUGUUUACAGCGUAUGUUCUGAUACUCUGCAGUAAUUCUACUAUUGUGUGGCUCAUCGUGGUUCACAGAAGCCUCCAUGAACCUAUGUACAUGUUCAUUGCUGGUUUGUUAACAAACUCUGUUCUUUUCAGCACUCUUAUCUAUCCAAAGAUUCUGAUUGACAUUUUAUCUGAAAAACCAACCAUGUUGUAUUCAGUGUGUCUCUUUCAGUGGUUUGCAUAUUACUCUCUGGCUGGUGCCGAAUUCUUCCUGUUGGCAGCGAUGGCUUACGACAGAUAUGUGUCUAUAUGUAAACCUCUGCAAUAUGCAACUAUCAUGAGGAAGAAAAAUGUCAAUAUUUUGCUGGUUUUAGCUUGGCUUCUGCCGACUUGUCAGGUUGGAGUACCAAUCUCAAUGAAUGCUAACAAAAAACUCUGUAAAUUUACUUUCAAAGGUAUCUUAUGUAACAGCACGGUUUACAAGCUUCACUGUGUGAGUUCAACAUUUCUGAACAUUUAUGGUCUGAUUGCUUUUGUGAACAUUAUCCUUCUCCCUCUGCUCUUCAUACUUUUUACUUACAUCAGGAUAUUUAUAAUAACCUACAGAAGCUGUAGAGAAGUGAGGAGAAAAGCUGCACAGACCUGCUUGCCUCACUUGAUUGUUCUAUUGAACUUUUCCUGUUUGAGUGCCUAUGACGUCCUUCUUCUUCGGCUGGAAGUUGAUUUCCCAACAAUUGUUCGGUUUAUAAUGACAUUACAAAUUAUUUUGUAUCAUCCUUUGUUUAAUCCAGUUAUAUAUGGAUUAAAGAUGAAGGCGAUUUAUCAACAUCUCAGGAAGUUGUUCUUUCCAGGCACAAUGGUGUAA